UGAAAAUGUACGAGCCAUAAAUCUUCUCAGUCUAGAAGUAUGAUUAAUUAUCACUGUUACAUACAUUCUUUUUGCUGACAGCUUUAAAUGAAUACUAUUCUCAAACAUAUUUCACCUCAUUCUUUUUCACAGGCUUAAGCUCGCAGCAAACUCGUUAAAAUGGAAAUUGCCAGCAAGGGAAUACUUCUGUGGACUGCAAUUUUUGCAUUGGAAAUGCUUAUCGCUCUUGCGGGAAAUGCUAUAGCCAUCGCUGCGUUCUGGAAGCAAAGAUCAACCCUCAAACGAACUUGUUACCUCUUGAUAAACCUUUCAGUUGCUGAUCUUUUGGUUGGUAUUGGAGAAAUCAUACACCUAUAUAAUAACAUUUUCUACCUUCAAAAUUCUAAACCAGCAAUCUGGGAAAACAUUUUGAUUUUGCCGGAUGUCUUUGCGGGUUCGGCUUCUUUAUUGUUCUUAACUCUCAUCUCCAUGGAAAGGUUGUACGCCAUUGCAUGGCCUUUCCAGCACAGAGCGACAAAUACAAGAGUUUACUUUUACUUGAUUGCCGUCACAUGGACUUUGGCGACUGCGAUAGCGCUCAUUUUUCUUUGCAGUCUGGUAUUGGAAAUCACCAGCUUGAUAAUUACUACCCCGAUCUCAGCAUCUGCUUUAAGUCUCUGUUUGGUUGUUGUUUUAUGUUCGUACUUGGCAAUAUGGAGAUGCAAAAGAAAUGAGGUUCCGGGGAUACCUAUAGACAGACGCCAACAAAACAAGAAGCUUGCAGUGACUUUGUCUAUUGUAACUUUCUUGUCAGUGCUGACAUGGUUGCCAUUAACAGUGUGUAUUAUAAUAAUCACAAUAAUUGGAAUGCACAAGUUUCCGAAUUGGCUUUAUAACAUUGCAAGAUUGCUUCAGCUAGCAAACUCAUCGAUAAAUCCCAUAGUUUACUACGCCAGAAUGCCUGAGUUUAGAAAACAGCUCAGGAAUAUUAUUCUGAGGCACAAAUCUCAUAAAGAGCAGGGAGGUAGUCAGCUUCCGAACAUACCUAUGCGGGGAGAUGUUUCCACACCUGUCCUUUUAUCUUUUUCUACACUUAACAAGACUAUUUGAUUAGUAAGACUUUCAGACAUUCGUCGUAAUUUCGUACCUUUUGCGUCUCAUCCCUUCCUUUAUCAUAAGUGUUAGCAGUCUACACGUUCUUAUGACAUGGAUAGCUCACUAUCCUCGUCAAUGUUUCUGUCGUUGCUAUUUUUGGUCAUAAUAAUGAAUUCUAUGAUAGAGCGUCUUCCAAACAAAAAGACUCCCCGCAUCAGUCCCAGUUGCAAGCUAGUUUCAGUCCAAUAUGGAAAAUACGAAUGCGGCUUAUCUUUAAGAAGAGAAAAAUGUUGGGUAAUUUAUUGAUGAGAAGGAAGUACUUUCAAAGCCGGGCUACGGACGUUUGACGAUAAAAAAGGGGUAAUGUUUAUCUUGAAAAUGUUCAUGAAUGUUUUAAUAUUCGUCAUAGAAAAGGAAAAAACAUUAAGACGAAAUCCGGUAGGAUUUUAAGUAUUUUCAGUUUUAAAAAUCUUGUACCAGAAGUAUAAGUAUAUUGAAGUCCUUUUUGCAGUUUCUAGAAGCUUAAGUUAUACGUAAUUGCCUGAAAUAACAGCAAAAACA